UACUGACCGGAUGUGAUGUCGUUUGACUUCCUGCGAGGCAACGACAUGGCAAACGCCGGGCUAGCGUCCGUGGACGAGACGAUGAUGCGAUAUCCUGAAUAUUCCUCUAAAACAAAUGUCAGGAGCGACGCAGAGAUCGACAGGAGACUGGGGAGGACUCUAAUUGCAGUAGGUCUUGGAGUAGCUGCUGCAGGAUUUGCAGGUCGUUAUGCGUUCCAGCUGUGGAAGCCCUUCGGACAAGUUAUUUCUGAAACGGUCAAAAAGAUGCCCACAUCAACUUUCUCGUCUUAUUACAAAGGAGGGUUUGAGCAGAAGAUGUCCAGGAGAGAAGCCAGCCUCAUUCUCGGAGUCAGCCCAACCGCCACAAAAGUUAAAGUACGUGAGGCACAUCGGAGGAUCGUGGUCCUGAAUCAUCCAGAUAAAGGUGGCUCACCGUAUCUCACUGCCAAGAUUAAUGAGGCUAAAGAUCUUUUGGACAAGGAGACCCGCCGAUGACCUGCAGUGUCAUCCAACACUUCAUGGACUUUAACCCCAUCAGCUCUGUAGCACAAUUACAUCAGCAACACACCAAGACUUUCACACAGACUACAGGAAGAUGAGCUUKUGCUGAUAUCAUCACAGCCAUCUGCGUACAUACAGGAGAUGAUACUGUUCAUUUAUAAACGUUAUUAAAGUGAAGACAUUAGAGAUGUGAAGUCACCCUCCAGUGGUAGCUGCUCAGAAUGCUGCUGAGCUUCAUGUAAAGUGUUGUGGUUUAUCAAUGUGUUCAGUACUGAUUAAGAAGUGAUAGAGUCAAUGUUUCCAUGUUUGAUGACUAGUUGUGGAUGCAACAAUAAAUUAUAAUAAACUUGACUGGUAACAUAACGGUUUGA